CGGGAGCUGCUGUGACCGUCGGAACGCCCUGGGAGGCAGGGAGCUCGGAGAAGCUGGCAGCCAGCCCUGGAGGCUGUUCCUUUCUUGGGCGCCCGGGAAAGGCAGGCCAGGUUUUCCAGUCUGUCUACUGACUGCAGUUUGCCACUGGGCCAGCAAGAGCGCAUCCCGUCGCCUAGUCGCCUGCUUCUCGUGCUCCUGCCAUGGCAGCCAUUCUUCUGACAGCCAGACCCAAGGUGCCAGUGUCUUUUGAGGAUGUGUCCGUCUACUUCACCAAGACAGAAUGGAAGCUUCUGGAUAUCAAACAAAGGAUCCUCUACAAGCGAGUAAUGCUGGAGAACUACCGCCAUUUGGUGUCACUGGGACUUUCAUCCUCCAAGCCUCACCUGGUCUCCCUGUUAGAACGAGGGGAAGGGCCCUGGGCAGCUGACAUCAACAGGAAAAGGGCUGCCACAGGGAUACAGGCAGGUGAAAGGAUCAAGAGCCAAACAUUACAUUCCAAGGAGAAAUGUUGUCCAAAAGAAUUUGCAGGAGCCACUCUUCAGGGUAGCAGCAAGGGCCAGGUAUCCAGGCUGCCAGAGGAAACACUUGAGCGGAGACAAAAACAUGCUCAUUCUCCAGAGACAGGUUCCAGCAGGGGUGAGGAAAGAGAAAGGGUGCAAAGAAGUAACCACAACAUUAGGCAGAAUUUGGUCUCAAGGCAACAAUGUUCCAAAGGUGCAGAGAAGCGGUACCUGUGUCAGCAGUGUGGGAAAUCUUUCAGCCGGAGCUCCAACCUCAUCAAGCACCGUAUAAUCCACAGUGCUGAGAAGCCGUAUGAGUGCUCUGAGUGUGGGAAACUCUUCCGGCGCAGCUUCGCCCUCCUGGAGCACCAGCGUAUCCACAGCGGUGAGAAGCCCUACGUGUGCGAUGAGUGCGGGAAGACCUUCACACGCAGCUCCAACCUCAUCAAGCACCAAAUUAUCCACAGUGGUGAGAAGCCCUACAAGUGCCCAGAGUGUGGGAAACUCUUCCGGCGCAGCUUUGCUCUGCUGGAACACCAGCGCAUCCACAGUGGUGAACGGCCCUAUGAGUGCAAUGAGUGCGGGAAGGCCUUCAGCAGGAGUUCCAACCUCAUUGAGCACCAGCGUACCCACAGUGGCGAGAAACCCUACACAUGCAGCCAGUGUCCAAAAGCCUUCAAGGGUGUCUCUCAACUCAUUCACCACCAGCGCAUCCACAGCAGGGAGAAGCCAUUUGAGUGCAAGGAGUGCGGGAAGACCUUCCGGGGGCGCUCAGGCCUCAGUCAGCACCGCCGGGUACACAGUGGUGAGAAGCCCUAUGAGUGCAGUGAGUGUGGGAAGACAUUCAGCAGAAGAUCCAACCUCUUCAAGCACCAGGCAGUUCACAGUGAUGAGAGGCCCUACGAGUGCCAAGACUGUGGGAAGGUAUUCCGGAGCAGCUCACUUCUUCUGGAGCACCGGCGGGUGCAUGAGUGUGGGAAGGCCUGUAGCAAGAGUGACGAGAGGCCCUGCACAUGUGGCAAAUGUGGCAAGUGUGGCAAGGCUCUUAAGACAAAAUUGCAGCUCCGUCAGUAUCAGAAAAUUCGCCAUGGAAGGAAGGGUUCGGAGGAGAGUGACUGUGAAAAAGUACCAGCAUCUUUGGCCCUCAAAAGUCCCAUUGAAGAGCCCCACCCUGCAGAUGAGAAGCAGAGAAUAGAUUCUGAAUGCACGGCUGCCCACAGUGCCAUCUGAUAAGGUUGUCCAUGGGAGGUUUGGGUGCCCUGCUCCCCUCCAUUCUGUCAUUGAUGAUGCAGUUGAGGCAGGGACUUCACUGUAGCCUCUGCCUUGAGCUAAUUACAGGCUGCCAUGUAUGUGCACAGGUAUGCAUACAUGUGGAGCCAAUGUGUGAGCUGCUGCAAGAGCUCUUGAAAACCCAUCAGGACUUUGUGCUGUGAGUAGGAGGAAACCUGUGGCUAGGGCUACCCCAAGGGCAUAAGUACCUUGCGUUAUGGAGAAAUGGUUUAUUUUCUCUCAUGGGGGGUCAUUUGCUUCACCCCAAAACUCAUCAGCAUUUCCAGGUUGAAGAUACUAAAAGCACUUUAAUCCUUUAAAAGCUUAUAAGUGGAAGGGACUUGAAGAAAUUCAAAAUUGUGAGCUCUACAAGUAGGCUGUGGCUUGACUGUGACAUCCCCAAAUUCAUCAAGAAAUGGUCUGAAAAUGGACUUGGGCAAAUGUUCUUGUGGACUGCUCAUGCCUGCAUUGUCAACCUCUGCUCUGUGAGAAGGCACAGGACACCCUGCUGUCAUGUUGAGCAGUGACCCGUUCUUUUUCCUGGCCAUUUGUCUUUGUGCCUGAAAACUACAGCCUUCUAAUAUGUGUCCCCAGUUGCUGCUUCUCAGAGGAGCAGCACCCAAGACCCCAUCUUCUCAGAGCUCAGAGCUUGGGAGGGGGUGUCUUGGGGAUUGUUGGCCAGGGGCCUGCAUAGAGGAUGAGGCCCAGGGCCUCGGCAUCUCCUCCCCCGAAAAAAGCCCUUUUGCUCCGGUCCCUUGAAGCAGCAGGCUCCAGGCAAGACAUUGCAGCAUGGCAACAUUUUCCACCAGCUGCCCUGCUGCCUUUAGUCUCCUCCCUGCCCACCAGACCCUCAGGCUUGCCUACUGUCCUGCUACCUUCUGUACCUCCCACCCCACCAUCAAAGGCCACCCUGGCUUCUCUGUCCUUCCUCCCCACCCUCAGUGCCUAAAGCUUGAAACAUAGCUGCUCCCCGUCCCAACCCAAAUAGCCACCCUUUAUGGCUUGUGCCCAUCAGGAAGAAAGCAAGAUGUGUUAGGAAUUUGCACAGAGAGUGCCCAAUUGUGGCUCUCUCAUUGGAUCUGUCUUCACAUGACAUUUCUUAAAAUAUUGGAGGUUCAGUUGCUUUGAAUGUUACUGCGUUUGGGAUAAUGUAAGUUGAAGAUUGAGAUUUUUGCCAUAUGAGAGUGUCAGGGAAUUGCUCUUGAAAUAAGAUCCCACCCCCAACCCCCGCCAACCCUUUGAGAAGUACUCAGAGAGCAGAAAAGGACCUCACCUCCUGAGGCUUAACACGAUUGGUGUGGUGGCAAGCCUAGUUACUGUUCUCACUCCUCCCCCUUAGCCCUGUGGAAACAGAACAGACUCUUCAAAUGGCACUUUACUGCAGGCUAAGGGAGGUUCUCAAGGAGAAAGCUCACACUGGCCAAGAGGCAGCUGCUGGCAAGCUCUGUCCUGUUCCACCUGUGCUGUCUCCAGAGCUGGGCUCAGGAGUUAUGCCUCUUGGUACUCUCAAUCUAGCAUCCUGGUUGGCUUGCCACCUCCUUCCAGCCCUCUUCACUCCCAGGGGCUCUGGUCUGUUAUACAGAGCACCUGAGGACAGAAAGAUAGUAGAUGUUCUGCAGGCCACCCAUCGGGCCUGCAAGGAGCAAGCUUACCUUCUCUGCAAGAGGGGGGAAGGUCAAAGACCCAUCAGAAGAAGGUGGGAAGACCUGAAAGUACAGGAUUCCUUCUGGACAUGCUUCUUGGAGCUCCAGUUGCUAGGACAACUCCAGAAGUGAGAAAUAUAAGUGUAAGUGUAAAUAUAGGUGUUUUAUAUAGAUAUAUUGAAAGGAUUUUCCAUACCUCUGACUUAUGAGAAGUUCUUGUAAUUUGCUAUCGCACAGCCUACUUCACUGGGCCCAUACCACCUCAUUCUUUGAUUGCCUUCUGCUCUGUGUGUCACAUUCAUCUUUGUGCCCUAGUUGCCAAGCCCAGUGCUUGGUAAUUAAGUAAAUGCUUGUGAAAUAAAUAUUGCCCCCUUAGCACAUUGAACUCAGGUUUUAGACUGUAGUCAGCUUUAGCCUUACCUUGAGGCAGUUGAAAGUCUCUGCAACUUUGGGUUUUCUAGUAGAAAAAGAAGUAUUGGGAACAGUGUCUGAGGUCCAUGGAGAGGUCAUUGGGAAAUGUAUGUUUCCCAAAGCGCAGACAAUCUUUGCUGCAUGUGGCAUGAAUUCAGGAAACCAGUCCCCAUGCAGGGCAGGGCACAGUGGCAGGAGGCCCUGUGCUUAGACUCCAGUCUUGUUCAACCAUUGCCCUGACCAGGAUUGGGGCAGCAGCUGCCACAUGAUGGGAAUUGGUAAGAGUGAACAAUUUUGCUCUUACAGGCCAGUCAUUUACCAGCUUUAAUAAAGAAGGCUUGGAUCUCCCCAUUGGUUUUACUGGGUGAGCUAACCUGAUGUGUUUUUAGAUUUUAGAAACUUCUAUUUAUUUUAAGAUGACUUAAUUAUUAGUGUGAACUCCUUUUUUCAUGUUGGAACCCACAGGCAAAGAUGACUAGGUCGGGGGAGUGGGUAAUGUAUGGGUGUUUUAAGCAAAAAGUGGAUUUUUUUGGAGAGAUGCUACGCACUUUCAUUCUGGUUUUAGAGUGCCCUGAUGCUUACCCAGAUAAGUGACAUUUACAACAACAAGACAUCAGGUUAACUUAUGACGCAUGACACAUCUGAGUCUGUGGGCCAUUUGACCUUUGAAACUGUAGGCACUUUCCAAGAGCUAUUUAAAUGCUAUGGCAAUAUCUCCAUGUACCGGUAGCCAUCAGAUGGUCUAAAGUAACCAAAUACCAGCUGGGUUAAAGGUGUCAGGAAAGACAAUAAGCAUGGAAUUAUGGGGGAAAGCUAAAGCUGCUGUGUUUGGACAUCUCUCAGCCCCCUGCAUAAAUAAAGCAGAAACCCUUGAGAGCCAGCUGUGUAGGGAUCAGGAACAGCCACCUGAAGCUGGUCAGACACCGUGACUCAGACUGGGAAAGGUCAAGCACCACAUCAGUCCCCUGAGAAACACAAUUCUGUUGCCAUUCUUCAGGCAACAUGGCAGCAUCCACACUCAUCACUGUGGGUACGCCGUCUGGCCUCAUGUGGCCCUGUAGAGAGGGCAGCUUCGUCUUCAACUUCCCAUUGUUUGCUUCUUGAUGUCUGUCUGUAGAGGGACUCCAGCAUGGACACUCUUCUGUCCUGCAGGCCCAGAAGCCCCUUCCCCUGGCCUUGCCUACUGGUGGUGCCUCAAUCUCUUUCUACCUUCUGGUUCCCCCAGAAAUUAUUGGGGUCCUUGGCCCUUCCCUCUGCCCUUUGUGUCCAAUGGUCAUUGAGCUACCAGAUACUGUCCAAUGGCAAUUUUGGUUGGCCCAGCCCCAUCUGCCCUUAUGGGCCCCACCCACGCGUGGCCUCGUGCUAGGCUAAUGGCAACAACCACGUCUGGGGCUCUAAGUAGGCCUGGGCGCUUAGCUCUUUCCAAUCAUGGCUGGUAUACUAGGACCUUAGAGUGCCUGUAAGAGUUUCUCUGCUUGGCAAAGCUACCGGUGCCUUCAACAAAGAAAUAAGGAAAGGCUGUGCUCCCUGAGAGCAAGUGGCUGGAAUCCCAGAUUUGUUUCCAAGGGAGGAGAAACCAGGCCUGAGAAAGGGGCCCUUGAAGGUUUCAUUGCCAUUGCCACUCAGCAUCUUUAGGUCCCAAAUGUUUACUGAAUGGUUUACUCUCACUCCUGAAUGUGUUCUCUCUGGCAUUAUGGCAGCAUGGGUACAGCAGGAUGCUGGUUUCAGAGCCGACUCCCAUGAAGCAUCUAGGACAAGCCAGGACCCCAAACGGUCACUCCUUUACUCAGCCAAGGAGACACAGCAGACUUUCAGCUGGGGGUGCUAAGUGUACACCUUGUUAGGUAUUAAAGCAUGACAAGUUGUGUCUCGAGGCUAGAGUAGGAAGUACCAGGUGAGCUCUCAAGACAGGAAGUAGAGAUCCAGGAACUUCCAGAAGUGGGGUAGAGGGAAGAAGGGAGGGCAUAUGGUGUGUUAGGGAACCUUACAAAGGCAGAGGACCUGCUGUAGGACAAUUGGAGGUUAAAGGUCAUUAGAACCAGAGUGCAGAGAGCCUGGGAUGCCAGAGGAAGAAUUUUGGACUCUAGCUAGUUCCUGAUGAGAUGCAAUUUUUACUUUUUAUUGUUUUCAUUUUUUCCCAAGAUUUUAUUUAUUUUUAGAUGGAGGGGAAGGGUGGGAGAAAAAGAGGGAGAGAAACAUCAAUGUGUGGUUGCCUCUCGUGUGCCCCCCACUGGGGAGAUUGCUGAUUCUUAAUUUUUUCUUUUCUUUUCCCUGACUGGGAAUUGAACCAGUGACCCUUUGGUUUGCAGGCUGGCACUCAAUCCACUGAGCCACACCAGCCAGGACGGGAGACAAUUUUUAAAAACAUCACAGAAGUAUUCUAAGAUUGAGGCAGGGAAGUUAAUAUAAAAAACAUAAUUGCUAGAGUGUGUGAAUUGACACAUUGACAACCACCUAGUAUACACACUGUAUAUGUAGAUGGUUUGGAUGCCAAUUUGGUGUCAACACAUGCAUGUAGAUGGCAGCGGUCUACUACCAGUGAGGCUUUGACACAAGCAGCCUCAAUUAACAUUCUUGGGAAUCCCCACUUGCCAUAGUAUUUGUAACUGGUUUCCUGUUAUGCUAACACCAAUGUGUUUCAAACAUAGCAGCCCUCCAGGGUUUGGAGAUUGCUGAUUAAUUUUUCUUUGUAAGCUUUAUAGAGGUAUAAUUGGCAUGCAAGGAACUGCACAUCUUCAAAACAUACACUUGGAGGAGUUUUGAUGUGGACACUCAUGAAAACAUCACCACAGUGAAAACAGUGAACGUAUACAUCCGUCACCCCCAAAAGUUACUUGGUCUCCUCAGUGCUCCCUCCAUUUUGUUCCUCCCUGCCUUCCACCCUGCUGCUCUGCUUUCUGUCACUGGUCAUUAGUUUGCAUUUUCUACAAUUCUAUGUAAAUGGAAUCCUGCUGUAUGCACUCUUUCUUGUCCGGCCUCUUUCCCUCAGUGUACUGGUUUUGAAGUUCAUCCAGGUUGUUGUAUGUGUAUCAAUAUUAAAAUUUUACUGCUGACUAUUAGUCCAUUGUAUGCAUGGACCACAGUGUUUGGGUUUUUUCUGGGUUUGGA